GAACCAUAAACAGAAUCUUGAAGUGGUGAAGGGGCUACUUCCACGGACAGAGGAGGAGGCAUUUGUGAGGACCAUAUCUUACGAUGGUGUGGAGAACCUGGUUGAUGAUGUUGUGGAUGACACAGAGGCUGAGGCAGGUAGUCAGGUACCAGAGACUCAGGUCCCAGACACUCAGGAAAGAGACACUCAGGCCACUGGUUCAGAACCUCAGCCCAGUGCACCAUCUUCAUCAGGCGUUCGGGGUGCCGAGUACACUGAUUUAGUGGCUCGGUUGGAUAGGAUCGAGGCUGACACUCAGGGUCUGUAUGCUGCUCAUGUCGAGCUGAAGAAGGCAUACGAGACCAGCCAUGUAGAGCUGAAGGGUGGUCAGAACGUAAUUAUGGAGCAGCUCAGACACAUAUUGGCCAUGUUGAAUCGUCCGCCAACGACAGCUUCAGCACCGGCGGCCCCAGCAGAUCCAUCUACCCCAGCACCAGCUGCUUCACCCCCAGUAGAAGAGGAUGAGGUCUUCCCCGACGAUUACGAUCCUUAUGAGGGAGCUCCAGCGACUCCGAUCGAGGCACAACCUCUUAUCCAUGUACAUGACACCGAGUCGCAGGGUGAGAUUCUGUCCAUAGAGGCACAACCUGCAGUGGUUAAGAGUCGGAAGAGGAAGAGAAAGCCUCCUGUAUGGUUCGGUGACUAUACGGAGAUGAAGAGGAGACAUAGGCCAUCUUCGACUUUUGAUCCCCUGGAGCCACCGGAUGAGAAAUUGUUAACCACUUUCCGAAAGUGGUGUGUUGGACUCAUUCUGAACAACCGACUUCGGGAUUUGAGAAGUGGUGAUUACGGUCCAGGAUUCUUUUGGAUAAUGCUCACACCAAAGGAAUGGCUUACAGAUGACGUAAGUAAAGUAUUUUAUAAUAUUACUUCACUUUACAACUUUAUGUGCAAUUAAUAUAUUUUUUUGUCUAACUGACAUUUCCCUUUAUAUGCAGCAUAUAGAUGCAGCAAUGCAUAUGCUGAGGAGGCGACGCACUGACUAUCAACUGACAUUUCCUCAGAAGGGUAUCAUUCUCUCCACAUUCGUGACCGCCAUGAUGAGCAGUGCAUGGACGAGCCACAAGGGUCCGAGGAAAAACUUUAAAUGGGAGGAUUAUAUCCUGGACUACUGCAGAGGGGCUCAUAAGUCCCAAGUCUUUGAGAGAUGGAGGGGUAACGAGUUUAUUUACUUCGUUCUGAACCUUCCCGAGGCAAGGCACUGGGUCACAGUUGAAGUCGACAUAGAGCUGUGGAAAAUUAAUGUCUACGACUGUGAUUCCAGCGUCUGUCAUUGGACCGCCUUGGAACCCAUCCUGAAGGUUUGGGCAGAACUGCUGCCCUCGCUAAUCCUUGCAACCGGGGAAUUUCCACAUAACAACCAGAUCAUGGCGUUAGCUAACUGUGACAUCACGGUGCUUCCAAAAAUGCACGCGACUCGAGCCACUCACGAC